CCCUCAACUCCCUCCCUCCCCAGACUCAACCCCUCCUCCUUCGUUACCCAUUAUACCCUUCUCUUCCUUGUUUUCCAACAUCAACAACAACAUAACUUAAACAAGGAAGAACAACAUCAACCAAGCCAAACCAAACAACAAACCAACCACAAAAAAAUUCUAGGAAUCAACCUUUCAGAUCUGUUCCCUUCUGCCUUUUUUGUUCUCAAAAUUUUAAAAUUUCUUCAUUAUGGGCACGGAGGUUCUGCGCCCACAAGAUUGCUUAUCCCACCGGAUCGGUGUUCCGUCGCCGGGAUUUUCCCGCCGGAGACACUACGCCAACAACGCCAACGUUUACCGCGCUCAACGGAAGCCGGCCAUCCGACCCGAACAACGAAAACGGGUCGUCGAGAAAAGACCGAGUUCCGAUGAUUCGAGAGUUUCGAGGAGCACGGGGAUGGUGAUGGAAAAGGUGACGAUUCUCCGGAGGGGAGAGUCGCUCGAUUCAAAGCUCAAAAGCGGAGCCUUGAGAAAGGAAGGUGACAAUUUGGUGGUAGUUGGGACUCAGAGACUCGGACCUGACCCGGAAAAGGUUACCAAGCAGAUCCGAAUCGUGGAUUUCUGGUCCGGGCGCGAUGUUUACGCUGGAUCGGCGUUUGCCAUGUCUCCUUCCCCCAGCGCGCUUCCCUUGCCGUCGUUUUCGAAGAGGCAGGUGGCAGCGGCGGUGGUUGACUACUCCGCCACGAGGGAUCUGAGGCGCUUGCUCCGGCUUGAGUAAGCCGCGGCAGGAUCGCUUCCGGAUUUCGGGUCGGGCGAGACCCGGAUAUAACCGACCUGUCUUCCUUUCCUUCGUUCCAUUCCUUAUUCUAGAAUCCUUUUCUACUUCUCCGUUACGCCCCUCUAGUUUUGGAGUCCUGACCCGACCGUGAUUUUUUUAAACGGGAGGGCGGUUCUGGAAUUGGGGAAAGUUUGGGGGCCGAAGUCUUAAUAAAAGAAGUUUGGAGUAGUUUAUGUUUGGAUGGCGUGUAAGAUUGUAAGAUGUUGUGGCUGCGGUGAAAGGCUGGGUUUUUUAAGGGUAAGGUUAGGUUGUAAUUUCAGGUUAGAGAUGGACAAUAAAUUAAACUAAAUUAUUAAAAAAAAAAAUAAAGGAAAGAAGGGAGGAGGAUGGGGGUUGAUUUGUAAAAUCCGGAAGUGAAUGGGUGGGUUGGUUUGGAUUGGUUUUUAUGUGGGCUAAAAUUCGAUUCUGCUCUGUGGUCCAUUAGAGAGCGUCUUUAGGUCUGUACCCUUUUGUAAUAUAAAGUGAAAAAAUUAAAUAGGGAAAUUUGGCCAGAUUCUAAUCAUCUUUCAUUUCUUAUCCAUGGUUUCACCUUUUAUUUUGUUUCAUCUUAAAAUUACCUAUUUAAAUUACAGAAACAAAGGAGAAGAAUAAGAUGGAUGAUCCUGAAUUACUUUCGUUUUGGUUUUUUUUGGUUAUGGAUUUGGGUAGGGAUGAUGAUAAGGUGGGGUUGGAGUUUGGAGGAUUUGAUGAAAGAGAAGAGAAGUUAAGUUCUAUAAUUUGGUGAAGAUAAGAAUGUUGUAGAGUUAUGUCACAUGUAUCAUGUAUUGUUCCUAUGUCAGCAGCAGAAGAUGUAUUUCACUUCAAUUCAAAGACACAGCAAAAGAACAUGUAUAUGCUUUGCUUAGAGUAACUGUUUAAAACACUACUUAGGUGUCCUCGACAUAGAGAAUCAUGAUUCACUUUUCUCAAAACUCAA